ACUGCGGGGCUGAGCUGGAGGAGGAGGAGGCUGGGGGAGAAAAACUGACACGUGGAUUACUCCUCCUCGGGCAUCACGAACACCACUCUUCCUCCUCCAGCUCCUCCAGCUCCUCCAGCUCGCUCCUCUUCCUCCUCUUCCUCCUCUUCAGGUCAUGGAUCCACACGGAGCAAAGCAGGGAUAAGAUCGCGAAGAGCCUCCUGCGUCCUGCGUCCUGGUCCGAGCGUAAAGAGACUCAAAGUAAAACCUCGACUGACAGAAAAGGAGAAGGAGAAGAAGGAGGAGGAGGGGGGGCCGCCGUUUACCUCGCGUUGAAUGGCAGUUAUUCAAAAGUAUGGCAAGAACUGUAGUCCAGAUUUGGUCUGUCACAAGGAGAACGGUCCGCCAGAGAAGAGCGGAGUCCCGGCGGGUCACAAGAAGUGGCCCGAGCACAACACCCACUGGCCCAGGCCGGUGGCGAGGGUGUGGACGGUGGUGCUGCUGUUCGGGACGUGCCUCCUCUACUGCGCCCGCGUGGCGAUGCCCAUCUGCUCCGUCAGCAUGGCGGAGAAGUUCAACUGGACCAAGAGGGAGUCGGGCAUGGUGCUGGGCAGCUUCUUCUGGGGCUACUGCUUCACCCAAGUGCUCGGAGGCUACGUCAGUGACAGAGUGGGAGGUGAGAAGGUCCUCCUGCUGUCGGCAGCGGCCUGGGGCUCGAUGACAGCCUUCACACCCAUCCUGGCUCAGUUCUGCUCCCAGCCCAUCUUCUCCAUGACACUGGCUCGCUUUCUCAUGGGCCUGCUGCAAGGAGUUCAUUACCCCUCCCUUGCGAGUCUGUGCUCUCAGAAGGUGGUGGAAAGCGAAAGAGGCUUCCUCAUGAGCACUGUGGGUAGCGGCUCCUAUCUGGGAACUCUCCUGAUCGGAGGGGCCGGCUCCCUCAUGUUGGACCUGUACGGCUGGGAGAGUGUUUUCUAUAUUACCGGCCUCCUCUCAGUGUUGUGGUCCUACUUCAUGUGGAAAUAUCUACUCAAAGGAGAAGGGCCUAUCAUCACCCUGGAGUCCCUGGGAAGCGGUGGGCCCCAGUCCAAACUGACAAAGAGACACUGGUUGCGGCUCCUCAAACAACCUGCAGUCUGUGCCGUGAUCGUUACACACCUUUGCACAGCCAGCACCUUCUUCACUCUUUUGUCCUGGCUGCCAACUUUCUUCAGAGACACUUUCCCGGACGCCAAGGGUUGGGUGUUCAAUGUGAUUCCCUGGUUAGUGGCCAUCCCCUCCUCCCUCCUCAGUGGCUGCCUGUCUGACCACCUCAUCAGUCAAGGCUUCGAUACGGCCUCAGUGAGGAAGCUGAUGCAGUUCUUCUCCAUGGGUGUGUCCAGUGUGUUUACCCUCCUUCUAUGUGGCAACAACACCUUCCCUUGGGCUGUAGCAUUUGUGUCUGCCACCAUGGGCCUCACCACCUUCAGUCACAGUGGGGUGUCUGUAAAUGUUCAAGAUCUUGCUCCAUCCUGUGCUGGAGCCCUCUUUGGUGUUAUGAAUACAUGCGGUGCUUUCUCAGGGGUCCUACUGGUGUAUUUCUCGGGGUAUCUCAUCGAGGCCACAGGCUCGUGGGCGUCUGUGUUCGCCCUCAUCACUACAGUCAACCUGCUGGGCCUCUGCACCUUCCUGGCGUUCGCCGAGGCCCGGCGGAUGGACAUUGACUGUAGUAAGGUGCGCCACCACAACAUCCACAUCUAGAUCGUUAGUCAUCACAGCCACCGGAGUGCCAUUCCUCAAGGGAGAGUGUGACCUUGGGCGACCGGCAGCUGGGACACGAUUCACUUUGGAGAACUCAGCCAAUGGACGGAAAGCGGCGCAUUGGAGGGAGCGUGCAUACAACACCUGGAAAAACGGACGGGUCUGGUUAAAGGAGCACUGCAACAGUUACUGAUAAGCACACAGCAGAGUCGGCACAACGACGAAUCACACGGAGCAAAGAGCAAAACAUGGCAGUGUUAGUAGAUGCUCGGACAGUUCAGGGAGGAGGUGGAGUGGGAGAGAAAGAAAUCAACGCAGCGAGCGGGUUCUUAUACGGUUGCUGGCCCGCUGUUUACACCUGUUCCAGAAUGUGUGACCCGAGACUGUUGUUGGAAAGCAGCGGCUCGCUCUCGGUGUGUCGUUGUGUGUUGGAGGAGCUUUGAGACUGAUGGAUAUGUGAGACAGCUGCGACAGACCAAGGUGGUGUGUUGUUGCCCUGCAGGGAGACGCUGUGCCAGACGCAGGGAGAGAGUCCAGCCUCUCGGAUCCCAAGUCUUUUAUUAGUCGAGCCCCACUCACCCCAUCUCCACGAGAAGCGUCUGAGUGACAGCUCAUUACCCAGCCGCUAAUUACACUGCAGGCGCUCUAAUGUCCCGUACCAUUUGUCUAGCGCAUCUCCAUGGUUACGAGCUCAUCUUUACCGUUACGGCGCAGAGGGGGGGGGGCAACAAGACCAAAGGUUAUCUAUUAUUUUUAUUCUCUUUCUAUGUGGACGCAUGGAAAAGAAAUACCUCACUUAAUUAUUUUUUUGUGCUUUAUUUAUAUGGCUAUACGACCUUUUUUGUUAAUUUUUUUUUAGAAAAAAAAAUAAUAUAUAUAUUCAGAUAGAUAAGAGAUUAAUAACUAUUUUGAUGGGAAAAUGUAAGUUACUGUAUAAGUGUGAUGGCGUCUGGAAAACUCAAUAGAACGUUCUGCAGGUUGAGUAUCUUCACUUGUUCUUCUUCUCUGACCGGCACUUUCCCGUCUAAGGAGACAGCAUCGGCGGAAAUAAAACCGUCCAUAUAAUCAUCUCAAACAUUUUUUGCGUGAAAUAAAAUACAAAGUUAUUAUGGCACUUUACAUUAUAAAAACUCUUUAGACGGGAAGUGAUGUCAGUACAUGGGGGGGAGGAGGGAUCCCGUCCGCUCGUCAUGGCGUUGUGGACAAAUCAAAGUUUUCACACUCUGUCUCCUUCUGCCAGUUUUAAAUACUAUUGUCUCUAUGGUUACACACUGAUAUGAUGAAUAUCGCAGUGUAGAGGAAAGCACCAACAACCACCGUUACUGGAGAGCAUUUGUUAUCAUGUCCUUACUGCAGAGAAUGUAGCAGCACAAAACUAGAAAGGAUUGUUUCAUUCAGCCUUCACGACACAGUUUUGAUUUCACGUCAUGUUUAGAUGCUCACUUGACGCGUGUACCUUUUUUAAAUCUAUGCAUUUUGUAUUCUUUGUCUAAUUUAAGCAAUGAGAGAACUGAGGUCACACAGUGUCAGCGAUCAUUGCACGUUGCUAUUGUUUCCCCGGUUGCUGGAGUUGUGUUGCUUAUAUGUCGCUUGUCAUCGUUGAUUACAGACACAGGCACACAGCAUUUCCUUGGAUAUUUUCUAGCGGCACUAGGAAGUGUAUCUUUUGGUUGAACAUGGUGUCUUUACAAUUCUAAUAUAGGAAAUGCCCAUUAUGGUCAGUGGUUACACAAAUAUGGGAAUAAGAAAUCAACUAUUGAGCUUGGAAUUUCAUAUCAAUGUAAUUUUGAAUCUGUGCACACACCAUGUUUAAACGUGAAUGUUGCCUUGACCAUUCAGUUACACAAUCAAGUCUAUUUAUAUAAAACUGCUGCACAAAUGAAUGAGCCUUCAACUUUUUCAUCGGCCUUUUUUUUUUGAAUGCCGCACAUUCCUGAGAUGUUUAACCCGUCUCAGCAGAUAUGCAUUUAUUUCCAGUUGCCUUCACUGCUUGUCCUCUAUUUGUGUUACUGUGUCGAUGUCGUUCUGCAGAAUGUUAAGAUUUACACGACAAAUAGCUGAUGUUCUGUUCACCAACAUAUCUCACUGAAGGUUCCUGAAAGCCUCACUGACUAAUUGAUUUUUGAUAAUGUAUAAUAUAUAUAUAGAUAUACAUGAUAAGAAAAAAGGCAAGAAUAUGCAGUAUUCCAAUGCUGAGAAAUGUUGUAUU